AUGCGGACGGACACGGUGGACGCCGCGGCGCUGCAGGAGGUGGUGACGGUGCUCAAGGCGGAGGUGGAGCGACACGCGCGACACGCAAGGCGGCUGCAGCGCGAAAACCGCUUCCUCGUACGUUCCGUCCUGCGGAUGCAGCAGCAGCGGCGGGUGAUGAGCGGCGCCCAAACGCACAGCGGCGACGAAGCGGAGCAACCACGCGACUACGAGGCGACGCCGUGCGUGACAAGCGGCGUCGUUUCCGCUUCACAUCCAUCCAGCAGCAGUAGCGCCUCCUCUGCGAUAGUUUUGUGCCACAUGGGGCGCAGCCACGUCCAUGAGAAGGCGCGGUGGCGACGACAGCAGGUGCAGCAUAGUGAUCCGUCACCGCUUGUCCGUGACGCUGCUGCUGCUGAUGAUGAUAAUGAUGAUGAUGAUGAAGGGGGAGGGGACAGUGCAGAGCGGGGCAAGGCGCUACUCACGCGUGUAAAGACGUUGGAGCGGCAGCUACGGCGUGAACGCUUGCGGCGUCGUGCAGAGGCAGAUGAGUUCACUGUGGAGCUAGAACUUCUGCGGCUUGCGCUGGACGAGGCGGAGCAUCGCGCACACCGGUGGCAGGCGACACCGUCGAAGGUCACGGGUGAUGCGUUCCCGCAUAACACCACCCCGCUGGGUCACGCCCCGCGCGGGUCAGCCGUGGAGUACGAUGCGCUCAGCGAGGGUCACGGGGAGCGGGUGCUGGACCGCGAGCUUGUCGCGCGGAGUGUGACGGCGACGGCCGCGAUGCUGCGGGAUGCUGCCGCUGCAGAGAACCAGGCGGCUGUGAAGAGGGUGGGGGGGGAGACGGAGAGUCCACUGUCGCUAACAGGAGGCGAUGGUGCUGGUGGGCCGUGCCGCCGCCGCAGCAGCGGUGACCGGAACCCGCAAUCGUCGUCUGCGCCGGACAUUCUUGCCGCAACGCAGCACCCCGCCGCGUCACAAAUGGGCGAAGAGGCACAGCAAGGCGCCUCA